AUGCUAAAGAAAAAAAAAAAAGAUACAAAUUUAAAAGAAAAAUUAAAAAAUGUAGUGAAUGGAAUGACUGAUAAAAGCUCAGAAAAGGGGCAGAAAAAGACGGUGGAAAAAUCAGACGAUUAUGACAUAAAAUAUUUAGAGGAAAAGGAAAAUGAAAUCGAAAAAAUAUCUCGUAAAAUAUAUGAAGAAAAUAGUAAAAUAAAAAAAAUAAACUUACAUCAUAAAAUAAUCAAGGAAGAGUUAGAAAAGAAACAAUUAAUUGAUCAAACAGAUAAAAAAAAGAAAAAUUCCCUUGACUAUUACCAAAAAAUUACUGUGAAAUUGCAGAAUAAUAUAAAUAACAUUGAAGAGUACACAAAUAAUAUUACCAACGAUAUAAAUAUUUUAAAAAGUAUUAUAGAUGAUGAAAGGAAUGAGAGAAUUAUAUACAACAAUAACAUGAAAAUUCUAAUUAAUGAAUAUAACACAUUAAAAAAAAGUAUCAGCAAUUUAACAUUACAGGAAAAAGAACAAGCUUCCCAAAACGAGAAGCUAAAAUUCGAGCUAAAUGAACUGAAUAAAGAAAAAGAUACUAUAGAAAAAAAGCACAGAGAAGAUUUUAAAACACUACAGCAAAAAUUAAAAGAGCAAAAAAUUUUAUCCUCAGAACAAAAAAUACACGAAUUGAUAAAAAUGAAAAACAAUAUUAAGGGCAGGAAAAAAAGCAAUAAAACUAUGGAACAUGAAAGAGAAGUAGAAGAGGACGAUGAAGAAGAGGAGGAAGACGAUACGGUGAGACAAAUAACAGAAAAACACUACGGCAGUAACAGUAACAGUGGUAAUAUCAGUGACAAUAACAGUAACAAUAACAAUGACAAUAACUUCGAAAGCGCUAUGAAUAAUGCCUACCUAAUUGAAGACUAUGAAGACGAAAAGAAGAAAAAAUUGAACGCAAAAAUUGUGCUCCUAAAAAAAUUGUGUCUAAGGAUAUUAUUCAUUAAUGAAUAUCAAAAACAGAACAUCAAAAAGUUAGAAGAAAAUAUAGAAAAUAUGAACAGUGCAAUUAACUCUAUAAAUUUAUUAACAUCUAAAAAAGGAGAUUUCGACCAUAUCAUAAUAAACUUAAAUGCGUCAAAGGACAAGAAUUAUAGUCUCAUAUCAAGAAUAAAUCUAUUAAAUUAUGAGACAAACGUAUUAAUAAAAUUAAAUAAAAAAAUGAAGGAAAAAUUUAGAAAUAUAAAUGUUGAUAAUGAUGAAAUUAUUAAUUUAAAAAAAGAAAUUACUAGCAAAAUGAAUGAUAAAAUGACCUAUAUUAAAACUUCUCUACUUAAUAAUCAAGAAACGUGUAAAUUAAAAAAAAAAUGUUUUCAUGAAUGUUUAACUUAUUUAAAAUAUUUAUAUGAAUUUAUUAAGAAAUAUGAAAAUAAUAACGAUAAAUUAAAUUUAAGAAACCAAAUUAUAAAUAAAGAAAGAAAUUUCCAUUUCAGUUAUAUUCAUAAGUAUAAUGAAGAAAUAUUAGUUGAUGAAAAUCAUUUAAAUGACUUCUUAAUAUUUAUUGAAAAGUAUAUCUAUGCACUUAACUUUUACCUUCCUACACCUCCAUUUAAUUAUAAACAAUUUCUUAUAGAAAAUCCCAAUUUUCAUAACAUCCCCUUCAAUUCUAUGGAUUAUUACCAAACCAAUGCAUCCAACCAAUUGCACGAAUUCAUUUCUACAGAAAAUAUAAACAUUAAAAAUGAACCCAUCAAAACUGAAAUGGUGCUUCCACAUAGCAAUGAAAGUUAUAUUACCGCUGAUAGAAAUGCUAUGAAUAAUGACAAUAGCAAUAAUUUAUCAAUGCAUUCUUCCACCAAAAAUAUUAACAACAAUGAUGAAGAAGAAACAGUAAAUGUAGAACACACAAAAGAACUAAAUAAACAUUUAGAAAAUAGAGAAAUUACGAAUAAAGGAGAAGACAAUGAACUAGAUGAGGUCAAUCAAAGGGGGGAAGAUGAUGUAUUAUCAGGAAAUGAAAAGGAGGAGCAGCAUGAUCAUAACAUGGAAAGAGACAAAGAGGCGCAGAAUACUUCAGAACAUAGAAUGAAAGAGGGUCAUAACUUAGAUGUAAAAGAGGAGAGUCAUAACGUAGAUGUAAAAGAGGAAAAUCAAAAUGUAGAUGUAAAAGAGGAGAAUCAUAACGUAAAUGAAGAAGAGGAGGGUCAAAACGUAUAUAUAGAAGAGGAGAAAUAUAAUUUGGAGGAUAUAAAAGAGGAGAUCCAUAAUUUGGAAGACGUACAAGAGAAGAGUUACAAUUUGGAUGAUGCAAAAAAGGAGGGUCAUAAUUUGGAUGAUGUACAAGAGGAGAGUAAUAAUUUGGAUAAUGUAAAAGAGGAGAGUAAUAAUUUGGAUGAUGUAAAAGAGGAGGGUCAUAAUUUGGAAGACGUACAAGAGGAGGGUCAUAACUUAGAAGAUGAGAAAACAAACAACAGCAACUUGCAAAAAGAAAUAGAGCAAGAUAAUAUCUUACAAAAUGAUAAAAAAGAGGAUAAUUUGCAAAUCGAAAAAGAAGACAACAAUUUACACAGCAAAAUAGAAGAUGACAAUACAAACAUCGAUAAAGAAGAUAAUAAAGCACAUAAUGAUAGCGAAGAUGACAAAGCACAUAUUGAUAACGAAGAUAGCAAGGCACAAAGCGAAGAAGAAAAAAGUGUUAAAACAAAUGAAGGAAAUGAGAAUUAUAUGUUAAGUCAUUUCAGCUCUCGCAAUAUUGAAUAUGAUGAACUGAAAGAGGAAAUUCCAAGUGAACUCUUAAUUAGCAAAUACGAUUCUUCUAAAAACAAUACAACCACCACAAAUUAG